AGUAAUCAAAUGUCUCUUGUCAAUUAGCAGAUUUAAUUUUGGCGCCAUUUUCACAUUUAAAUAUAGAAGCCUAAAAUCGCGAGCGAAUAGAAUUUAUGUGACAAUUGAAUACUGCGACUUGUAAAAUUUUGUUAAAUAUAAUCUAAUUUUUAAAAAUGAACGCUAUAAGUGAAACCUUCCUAAAUCACAGUUCAAAAGAAACAACAGUGUCGCAUCCCCCACAGUCAGAUACCGGAAAGAUAUUGGGACUUCUUCCAGUAAUUAUAUUAAUGUUACUAAUAUUCACAAGAUUAGUUUAUCUUAUUUACAAUGGAAGAGGACAAAAGACGCGAAAUCCACAACAGAGACGAGCGUAUAUGGGCUCACGGUCCACGACCACUGUUCCAGCAGUAGAGCCUACAAUCUACGUCAGCCCAGCCAAUCUACCUCCACCACCAAAAUAUGAGGCGAUGGCACCACCAAGCUACGAAGAAGUAGUUGGUAUUCACUACCCAGGCUACCAGCCUCCUGGCCAACCCAUCAACCAACCCAUUACGGCAGCACUAGCCACACAGAGCAAUACCAAUACAUCAGAUAGGUCAAAUAUUCCUAACGCUGAUACUAGGGUCGCAGGGGACUCAAAUAACCCUACGAAUGUUUCACAUACCAUCAUUAACAGCACAACAACGAUAACUACUGUUGAUGAAACACGACCAGUAGCCACUUCGUCGUGAUUAUGGAAAUAUUUUUAAUAUGGAUAAGGUAAAAUUCACCAAGAUUAUGUUAUAAUUUUGCGAUGUUUUUUAACCUUGGGCAAAUCUCUUUUGAUUUGAUUAUUGUUAAUUACUGCAUGGACCCAAUUUUUUAUCAUAUUGUCAGAUAAUCUUGGUAUUAUUUUACCUAAAGGCUCUGUAAACCUCACUAUGUGAUAUUUAAGAGGUUUAUUGUCUUAUGUAUUUGUUUAAAUGAGGUAUUGAUUUAAUACAAUACAAUUGAAAUUUCAAUACCUACUACCUCUUAUAUAUGGCAUUGAUGAUACAUUUUGAUAGAUGAACUUAUUAAAAUGUAAUUUAUGAAUGCCGCAGUGCCUAAGUUUGGCCUCUAGAGUCACUGUCUUUUUAGGGUCAUAUUCACAGUCGAGACUUAAAGCUUACUAUGGACUUAAGUAUGUCGAAAACGUAAUGGAAGUAAUUCUUAGCGAUAAGUCUCGACAUCCAGUAUUACCCUAGCAAGUAUUUCAGUCAAUGUUAACCAUAUUGAGGCUAAAACAAUUAUGUUAUAUAAAUAUUAACUACGUUUGAGAGAACAAUAAUAACUUUCAGUCUAUGAGGACGCAAGACUGAUUUUUAUUAAUUUCCCAAGUAUUAUUCGUAUACCGAUACGGGAGGACGUUUUGCAAUAUUUAUAAUAUAGUUAUUAAGGUCUAGAUGUAUAUUUUGUAAAAUAUCUAUUAUAUAUAAAAUAUAUU